GUAGUCUGUGGUAUUGAUGAACACCGGAGCUAUUGAAUUAUGUGUUACAAAUAAAUAUCUCAUAUUUUUUAACAUUAACGGCAGAUAUAAAAUUUGAAUAAUUGUAAAAUGACAUCAAUAUUUUCACGUGAAAAGUUUCGCAUGGUAAACCGUCGCAGCCCUGAAAUUCAAUUAAUCGAUGAAUGGAAACCAGUACGCGAAGUUUGGUCGUUAAGGUAUGGAGACAAAAUAAUAGGAGGUAUUGCUGCUGUUAAUGCAGUAUUAAUUAAUCAAAUGUUUAGACGGAAAUUAAAGUUACGUCACGAAGGUGCUAUAUUUACUACAUUAAGUUUAGCAUUCGGCUCGGGAAUUGCAACACAGAUAGGUCAUAAAUAUUUUGUUACAGAAGACAUAAUGAAAUACAGGCGAAAAUGUGUCAUGUGUCAAGAAUUGAAAGCAACUUUAUCAUGCUGUGGUACUGGUAUCUUACAUCCCUUGAUAUUAGCCCCACUGAUAAAUAUUGCAAUUGCUGGAACUAUAGGAUAUAGAAUUCCAUAUUUGUAUGAAGUAAAAGAACUUACUACAUUCUGUUGGAGUGUUGUCAGGCCUCAGUUUAAGAUUCUAUCAUUCCUAUUGUUUACCAAUAUAUUUGUGAGUGCUAUAAUAACAUAUUCUGAAAUAUCAUUAAUGGAGAGAGUAGUAGAUAUUGUAUUAAAUUUCCAAGAGUUGUACCCAGAGGACUCAGGAAAAAUAAGAGAUUAUGAUACAGUAACUGGAAAGCUUUUUAAGUAACUAUCAGAGAAUUAUAGAAACAAACUUACUUUUUAGUGCAUAUAUUAUACAAUAUUUU